AUGGAGGACCCCGAGACUAAACAAGCUCGCGAGUUUCUGGAGGCCGCUGCGAAAAUGCAAGUUUAUCCGAAGACGUCAGCUACUGCCAACGAUGGCAAAUAUGCGAUUGGCGCAGACAAGGGCGGCCGUGUUGCAUCAAACAGUGCUGAAAUCAGAUAUUUCAAUUGGCUUAGGACUCCUGCUCUUGACGCUAGAACGAUUCAGCGCUUACACAGUCUACAAUUGGUCGCUGAUUCCCAUGACCAAGGCUGGUACGAUGAUAGAGAUCUUGGAAAUUGGACCUGGUUCGAAGUUGCCAUUUUCGAGAAUGAUUCUGCCACUGAUCCCAGGAAGAAGGAUGAUAUCAUUUUGUCGUGGACGAGCCACAGAAGCAAGAUGGCACCUGAAUUCCAGAGAGGCGCGAAGUUCUCUCCACAACUUGGAUCCUUCUUCUCCCGGGACCAUGACAUAUUCCGCCUACUUGAGGAAGGCAACGUCAUUGUCGUUAGGCUUUGCUCGCGAUUCCCAUGUUGGUCCCUUAAAACCAAUCAAGGCUUUCUAGUUGUUGAACUUGGCCCCGAAGUGGAAAGGGAAUCGGUCGAAUUCGGAUCUAUUGCAGCAAAGGUGAAGACCACCCAAGAAGCUUUCAAUGACAUUAACAGGGCCAUAUUCCCUGAACUAGAAAGUUUACCAACCGUUCCACGUUCGGUCUUCAAAGCCGAAAUGAUGAGUACGGACAUCGCAACCGAUAAACCUCUCCGUGUUUUGUGUCUAGACGGCGGUGGUGUGCGUGGACUGGCUUCUCUGAAGAUUCUCAAGAGAGUCAUGGAAAUGUCUUACCCUGGCAAGAAGCCCUGUGAGGUGUUUGAUAUGAUUGCCGGUACUAGUACAGGAGGGUUUAUCGCCAUCAUGCUUGGACGUCUUGAGAUGGAUGUGGAUGAAUGCAUCGAAAGCUACACCAAGUUCAUGGGCAAGGUCUUCCCGGACCAAGGAGGAGUUCUUAAAAAGCUCCCCUUUGGUUUGGGGAAGUUGGAAGACUGGUGGGAAACCGCAGUGGAUAUGAAGAACAACGUUUUCAAUAAUGAGAAAUGGGACUCCGGUGUCCUCGAGGAGGUCAUCAAAGACCUUGUUCAUAAUAAGCUAGAUCAGGAUCCCAAAACAGUGCUUCUCCAAGACGAGAAAACCCCUGAACCGUCCUGCAAAAUCUUCGUUACUGCCACCGCGUCUGCUGGAAGUAAUAGUCGAGCGCCUGUUCUGCUUCGGUCCUACACCAAUGGCUUGCAGAUGCCUGAAAUGCCACGCAUAAAGCUUUGGGAGGCUGCUCGUGCCACAUCAGCAGCUCCAUUCUAUUUCAAGCCAUUGGAGGUGGACGGUCGGACAUUUGUUGAUGGAGGCUUACAAGCCAACAACCCACUAGGAUGGCUUUGGAACGAGAUUCUGCAAGUCUACGGCCCAGUUCGCAGUACUGGUUGCUUUUUGAGCAUCGGCACUGGAGUUCCGCUCAGUGUGACCCUGCCAGCACCAGGUUCACAUCCAUUGGACUUCAUAACGGCUCUUUCUGGGGUUGCAACCAACAGUGAUGUUAUGAACAUUCUGUUUCGUUCACUCAUUAAUGCUUUCGCUCCCAAGGGCAUGCAGAAGAAGUACUGGCGCUUCAAUUUCGGUGAUGGCCUGCCUGACUGGGUGGAAGAGGAUGGCGUUGGCAAAUGGAGGCUUCUUGCCACGCGGGAGGAGAAUGACUUGGGCGGUCUUGAUGAUGUUAACAUGAUCAAGUUGACAAAAACUCGGGUCGAGAACUACAUGAAGGAGCCUGGAUUUGAAUUAAUGGUUCAAGAGUGUGCAGCUGCUCUCAAAGCUUAG